UUUGUAACUAUCGUUUGUAAAAGCAAUCUAAAACUAUCGUGUGUAUAUGAGUUUAUUUGGAACAUCAAUGAAUAUAACGAGUGAAUUGAAAGAAUUUCAAUAAAAAAAGAUUUUAUACGAAAUUAUAUAAAAACUUUAGAAAAUCAAUUUAAUUCUCAUAAUGCAAUUAUAAAUAUAAGUUUUUUAUACUACAUAAAUAACUGUGAUAUAUAAAAAAGCAUUUAUUAAUAUAAAUAUGUUAACUCCACGAUUUGAAAUAAGUCAAACUGAUACAGAAGUUGCAAUAAUUAUUCAUGCCCCAUAUGCCAAUAUUAAAGAUACAGAAGUUUAUGUUGAUGCAACAGAUUUUAGAUUUUAUUCCACACCAUAUUAUUUAAGGUUAAAAUUACCAGGUGAAAUAGAAGAAAAUGAUUCAUCAUUUGGUUCAUAUGAUUGUGAAAAAGGAGAUUUCACCUUAAAAUUUACAAAAGUAAUAAAAGGAGAAUAUUUUGAAAAUUUAGAUAUGAUAAGUACAUUGUUAGCUCCACCAAAGAAGAAAGGUACAAUUGUACCUAAUAUUGAAGUAAUUGGAAAUCCAUCAGCAAAUUCUGAAGAUAUUAAUGAUAUAUCAAAUGAAUCUGAUUUUAUAUCAAAUGAUGAAAACACUAAUGGAGAUGAAUGGUAUAUGCAUCAGAAUAAUGUACAAACUGUAUCUCUUUUGCCAACUUCUCCUAAAUAUGGAUUUGCAAAUAAAAUAUCUGGAGCAUUAGCUGCUUUUGAGUCAGCAUGGAUUAAGGUAAUAGAUCUUCCAAUGCCAGAUACAACACCUCAAUCUGAGAGAAAAAAAUUACGAGAAAAACGUGAAAUUUCAGAUUUUAAUGAAGAACAUUAUUUGGCAGAUCUUAUGCAACCAGAUUGUAUAGAACCAUAUAUCUCAUUUAUUACAGAAUGGGAUACUUUAAAGAAAGAGAAUGUUUCUUUCAAUGAAACUGAAGUAGAUCUAUUAAAAGAACUUCCAAAUAAAGAAUAUUUAUUAAAUAAUGAAGAAACACACAAAUUGCUUUUAAGUUUAGUGGAUAUUUUAUUUGCUAGCUGUUACAAUCACAGAACAACAUUGGGAGAAAAUACUGUUGAAAGUAGUUGGACUAUUAAUAAAUUAAGUUCUACUUUAUCUUGGUUUGAUGAUUUUUCUGAUUCAGAAGAAGUUAUAAAAACAUGUUUUAGAAGAUCUAUAUGUUAUCCACUUUUUAGAAAUUGGAAACUAUCAAUAAAAAUUUUUGAAGAUGUAAGAAAAGUAAUUAAGUUAGGUAAAAAAUAUAUCAUAAAACGUUUUUGUGAAAUACAUAAUUUAUUUAACAAUUCAUGUGAACCACGAUAUAUAUUAAAUCAACUUUAUAUAAAAGAUUAUCUGAUUUGGUUACAACAAAUUAAUGAAUCUUUGAUAGAAUCAUUAGAAUCUCUUAUUAUAUUUUUACCGUCUAAAGAAGAUAUGCAACUUGAUUUAGCAGAAUUAGAACAAGCAGCUUAUUCUGUGCAAGAAGAAGAUCUUAUUAUAGAGAAUUCAAUUCAUGAAAUAAUGGAUCAAAUGGAUGAAUUAACAGUUAAUGACAAUAACGAAAAUAAGCCAAAGACUAUAUACUACAUUAAAGACAAACAUUCUUUAAAGUAUUUAUUAUCGAGUUCAAGCGACAGCAGCGAUACCGAUUCUGAAACCGAUUCAGAAAGUAGCACUUCGAGUACCACUACCACAAGCAAUAGUAAUAGUUUAGAUUCAGAUGAUGUAAGUGAAUCAGAAGAAAUUGUAAAUGAGUGUACUUAACAUCAAAUACCAUGUAAAAUAUUAUUAUAUGUCUAUCUUAAAUGAUCUGUUACAAAAAUCUUUGUAAAAAUAAUGUUUUUGAAUGUUUUUAUCUUACUUAUAAUAUAUAAGUAAAAUUUAAAAAUUUUAUAAUUCUAUAUCUUUUAUGUCUUCAUAAAAAUAUUUAUACGUAAAAUUCUUUAUAAGAUAUAAAUAACUUCGUUUCGUCUCUACUUUAUAAUUAUUAUGUAGUUAUCUGUAGUUAUCUGUAUAGACAUGUACAGUAUAUAUAUUAUUUAUGCAGUAUUUGUGUAAGUGUGAUUGACUUAUUAAAGAAUAUAAUAAAUCCAUGUUAAUAAUUUA